ACAAUGGCGGACAUAUUGUGUGAAGUUACAAAAAUGAUACCAAAAGAGAGAGAGAGAGAGAGAGAGAGAGCACUUGCACAUUCAUUCGCUCACAGAGAAGCAGCAUUACCAGAAAGCUGUAGCUGUCAUUGAUCACUUCACAUUGUGCUUCAUAACAGUUAUGAAUAGAUGAAUACAUCACCUUCAACCAGUGAAAUCUUACUUCUCCAGAACCUGACCGGCGGUACAAUGACUACUCCGACCCCGUAUGCCUUUGAUCCUGCGUCCCAGCAGGUGAUAAGCUCCCUACCUGCGAAACACUUGAGUCAUCGUCAAGCCUCAGAAGCUAUCACAGAGUCAGCAGCAAGGAUUGCAUCUUCUGCAGAACAUGGUCGUACAGUCAUGAGAAAUGGACUCACUUAUGAUCAGUUUCUUGCUGGUCUUUUGUACAGCGAAGAAAUAAUGCUAGUGAGUCAGUUCAUGUACUUUGACUUCGUGAUGUUCAAUCCUGAGCUUAAUUCACCUCCUCGUGCUAACAUGACAUCGGGUCGAGCUUUCCUUACCAAUCAUCGCCUUCUUCUCCUCUCAGCCGAAGUUUAUCAAGGUCUGAGCCUGAGUACUCUUUCUUAUGGAACGGACAAAAAACCGACAGGCUACGCCAUCACAGGAAAGGCUUCAGACAUCCUUCACUAUCAGAGUAUCCCUUUGCCCAAUGUCCACAGCGUGGAGUUGAAUGCUUCCGUUGGUGUCCAGUCCGUCGAGACUGUCAUGGGGUUGCGACCAGACUGUUGCCUGGCUUUGUUCAGCUGUGCAGGGAUGGAUUGUUGCCUCAAGAAGUGGUCAUCGAUUGGCCAGGCUCCAGCACAGACUACUAACGAGCGAAUCCUAACACUUGGAGUGACCAUGCCCCCAUGGAAUAAUCGUUACAUGGUCAAACUUCAUCUCAAUGGAGGGGUUCCCAUGGCUCUUGUCAAGGAGUACAUCGUGGCAUUCACUCGUUUUGCUCCCAAUGUGGCUACCAAGGCACAGGCUGCUGCUUUCUAAGUCAUGCUAGUCAGUCACAGGGGCGUCGCUAGAAGGGGAGGGGGGGGGGGGUAUUCAAAAUUGUUGUAGGAACUUGUGAGUUUUUAUAUUCUAUAUUUAUUUUUUAUUUCUUUGAAAACCUUUGUCGACAAAAUUGGAAAAAUGUGAGGACUUUUAUUGCUUGCUCAACUAGGAGUUUUUUCCGGCUUGUUGGCAAAGUUGGUCAGAUAUCCCCAUUUAUUUUAUAGCGACGCCCCGGUUUCAUGGGCUCGUAUUUCACCCACAAACAACUGGAAUAAUUUUUUGUUACCGAGUCAUGGAUAAUCAAGGGACUUGUUAACAUUGUUCAGAUGAGAGUAAAUGACUUCCAUGCUAGAUGUAUACAAUUAAAGAUAAUUUGAAAGUUUGAAUGAAAACAGAUCAUUAUUUAUGAUGAAAAUUCGGAAAAAAUGAUUUGAUCGAUUCCUUAAUUCUCCCAACUAUAUUGUUAUAAUCUAAAUAUAGUUUAGGUAAAUGUAAAUAGUUGCAAAGCAAUGAAUUGGCUCUUUAGUGUUGCAAGAUUUUUAAAAGCCUGUUUUAUGUGUUAUUUUCAUGG